UUCUCUCAGUUUUUGGAGAAUUGAGAUAUUACCUGAAGAGUAAUAAAAUCAUUUCAAUAUGGCAAGACAAGUUUAUCUGUCUGAAGAAAAUUUGGUUAUUUUAAUUUUGCCAGUCGUCGAGAACAAUAUACUCAAUCACGAGGCGAGAGUGCUUUGAGAAUUUAUGAUGUUCUUUUUUUUUCUUUCUACUUUUUUUCGACAGAUUAACCUUUAGUUUCGUGAAAAGAUGCUUGAUCCGCCGGUUGUAAAUUUGAAAGUGAUCGUUAUCGGCAAUCCGAGUCUAACCGUACAGGAGAACAGUCUAAUCAUCUCGAAUCAAUGGUUUCCCAGUAUUUACAAAUUUCUUAAUAACAUUAUCAACCUGUGUAACGAACAACCCCAUCGUAUUUACUGGCGUCUAACAGAGCUGGAUUAUCUUCCUAUUUACGAUUACUUAAGCCUGAAGAGUGCUCUGAACCAGAUGCACCAACAAGAGAUUUAUAUCGUUCAGGACGAAAGGCCCUACGUGAAUUCGCAGAUAAGUGAGGCGAAACACGUGGGAAAUUUAUCCAAGGAUUCCCAUAGGCUCGAGUUCAAUUCUUACAACGCCGAUUCUCUUCUGUGGGCCGACGAUGAAUUUUCCUCAAUGUACCUACUGUCGGAUUUGGAAAUUUUAAGGUGCGCAGCGCCCUGUUACCUUCCCGAUACGAAAGUUCACUUUAGUUAUCUGUUUACGAAGAGUCCACCGCUGUUUACUCGAGAACGAGAAGACAUCCUGAGGCAGCUGAGGAUCCUUAUGAAGGGAUUUCCAAAGGAAAGAGUGAAUCCGGUUGCCGAAGCACUUCCGCAAUGGAGAAAACAUCAACCGGCACCGCCAAGCAAAGGAAAGAGGAAGAAGAAGUAGAGGAGAUCGUGAAAAAUCUUUUCCUCUUGUCACUAUAAUAGAAUAUCUUUUUCUUUUCCAUUAACCUU